AUAGACACAGACGCAGAAGGGGAGGGGGGCUCUGCCCGGGGCAGGAGCCAUGGAAGCGUACAUGGGGAAGGAUUGCAGCGCGCUGGGUGGACUCUUCCAGACCAUCAUGAACGACAUGAAGGCCAGUUAUCCUACUUGGGAGGAUUUCAUUAGCAAAGCUAUAAAGCUGCAGUCACAGUUGAGAACUAUGACACUCGUAACCGGAUCAUUUCUGGAUGCCUUUCAGAAAAUAGCAGAUAUGGCCAUUAACACCAGAGGAGCAACAAAGGAGAUUGGCUCAGCCCUGACCAGGAUGUGUAUGAGACAUCGGAACAUUGAGUCCCGGCUAAAGCAUCUCACAGCUGCCCUCAGUGACAGUCUGAUUAACCCUUUAGAGGGUAAAAUUGAAGAGUGGAAGAAGAUAGCGAACCAGCUUGACAAGGAUCAUGCUAAAGAGUACAAGAAGGCCCGGGCAGAGAUUAAGAAGAAAUCUUCCGACACAAUAAAGUUGCAGAAGAAAGUAAAGAAAGGUAAAGACGAUGUGCGCCUGCAGCUGGAUAGCGCUCUGCAGGAUAUGAGUGACAAGUACGCACUUCUGGAAGAAACCGAGAAGAGAGCCGUGUCCAGAGCACUGAUAGAGGAACGAGGCCGCUUCUGUAUGUUUGUGUCCUUCUUGAGGCCCGUCCUGAAUGAAGAAAUCGGGAUGCUGGGAGAAAUCACUCACUUACAGACCAUCUUAGAAGACCUGAUCAAUCUGACAGCCGAACCAAAUAAACUUCCUCCACUGAGUGAACAGGUGAUACACGAUCUGAAGAACUCCGACUACAAUUACAUUUACCAGACCCCACCCGCCUCUCCGAGUGGAACCUUAUCACGAAAGGCCAGCACCAACAGCUAUAUGCAUGGAUCGAUGAGACAUGUUCCAUCUAUGGACUCAAUCUCAAGCUCAAUGGAAACCCUUCAUAUUCGUCCACCAUCUACCAUGAUGCUGGAGACCAUGUUUCAGGAUCCCAAGUUGAGCAUCAAUGCACAGAUGAUGGCACAGUCUGCCUCUAGUAGUCCAACUGAGGAGAACGGAAAACCAAACCAGACCAACGAUGGAUUUCGGCUACCACCUCCCGCGGUCAUGGCUAAACCCAAAAUUCCACGGGAACAUCUAGCCUUGGCUUUAAGUCAAGGUUUGAACUCAGAAAUACAACUCAGCCGGGACUCUUUGCACUGCUCGAGCGGAUACAGCACACAAACCACCACCCCGUCAUGCUCCGAUGACACCAUUCCCUCUCAUGCAUUAAAGAAGGACCCCUCUCUUUUUGUUGCAGAUUACGAUUACAUCUCCUUACAUGGCGAACAAGUAGAGACGGACCAACUGGACUUCGACAAGUCAUCUACUAUUCCGAGAAACAGUGACAUAAGCCAGAAUUACAGAAGAAUGUUCCAAGCGAAGAGGCCUGCUUCUACUGUUAGCCUUCUAGCUGAGCCCGACCCGCUGGUGCGUUCUCCGCAUAUCGCCACCAUAAAGAGAAACCCCUCCAACAAGCCACCUGUGAGAAGAGGAACCGUCAGCGGCGUUCCCAUUCCUAUCCGGACUCCUGUGGUGCCUGUUAAGACCCCAACGUUACCAGAUGCUGCAGUAAGCCCAUUUGGAGAGAGGACACACAUUGAAAGAUUCUCUUAUCUUCAGGAUCCAAGGUCCGAUUUCUCCCACGUCAGGCAAGGUCUGUGUGGCUCAGCUCAAAGCCUCAAUGCUAUACAGAACGCGUAUUGUGCCUUCAUCCCCAAGCAAUCAUACAGCUGUUCUCAAAGUAUUAAUCCGCUGCCACAAAAUGCACAGAAGGUGUCUGGAAGCAGUUCCGUCACAGUAGAUUACACACCAGUCAACAAUUCAGUGGUUCCAAGUGCCCUGCCGGAAGCGAUCAGCAUAGAUAAUCAAGUUUAUAUCAGUUCUGAGCAGAUCUCGUCUGAGGACGAUAUGCUGUCAAUGAUCAGGCGGGGAGUGAGGCUCAGAAAAACAAUCAGCAACGAUCGGUCGGCACCUGCCAUGAAAUGAGCCCUGGGUGGGGGCCCUACGCAUAACGCUCACCUUCGCUUUUCUUUUUUUUCCAAAGAGACGAUGUUCUUUAUUCUAAAGACCCGAGUUCCCUUUUGUUUUAAUGUCAUCUCCUCGGCUUGCUGCCCUUCUUACAAAGUCUUAAUAGCGUUCGCUCUGUAACUUUAUUUUAUCCUUUUUUUGUUUUUAAACUUUUUUUUUACUGCUAUGCAUUUUACAGUUCUAAUUUUGCAUUGGGUUGGUUGUAUUUUUCAGGCUAUAGCAAAGUGCC